AUGAUACAUCAGCAUUUAGAGCUGCAGAAGUGGCACGACUCUUUCCAAGCCAUGCCGCAAGUUUGGCCUAUUCUCGGUACCAUGACCUUCGGAGUCGAAGGUCAAGUGAAGCCAGAUGCUGUUACCACCAUGCUACGGAGCUUUGUAGGCGCAAGCCUUACGAAAUCACCAGCAGGCGCCAUGAUCGACACUGCUCGUAUGUACCAGCAGUGUACACCAGAUGGUGAUACUGAGACCACUCUAGGCCAGACAUUUCAGGCAUUCCCCUCGCUUCUGUCGCGGUGCACAAUUGCCACGAAGGCUUCCAAAGCGGUGCCGCCGCAUUACUCACUAUCUAAGGCCUCGGUUGUAGAACAGUGCAAUGCGUGCCUGCAGAAGCUCGGAGUGGACUGUCUUGACCUGUUUUAUUUACAUUCGCCAGAUAUUACAACAGAUAUCGACGACACGCUGGAUGGAAUAGCUCAGUUGCACUCUGAAGGCAAGAUCAAAGAGUUCGGUUUGUCAAACUACCCAGCUUGGGCUGUCGUGGAUAUAUGGUACAGAUGCAGGGCUCGCGGCAUUGUCCUUCCGACAGUGUACCAGGGCCCGUACAGUGUCAUCGCACGGGACAUGGAGCGUGAGAUUGUGCCGGUGGCACGCAAAUUCGGACUCAGGCUUUACAUGUACAAUCCGCUGGCUGGAGGCCUGCUGACGGGAAGGUAUAGGACUCUGGAAGACGUUGCCAGCGCUAGCUCUGGCCGCUUCUCCUCUGACUUCGACAACGCAUUCGGUGUAGGUGUUAAGGCUGGAACCGAUGUGUACCACAAGCGCUACGGCAACAAGGCGAUGGUCGAGGGUGUCGGCAUCCUUUUGGAAGCCUGUGGGCUGAAGGAGUGUGAGCCUAUCGAGCCAAAGGUGAUCGAAGACAAGACCAGCAUGAUCGAUGGCAGGCGAGUUCGUGUAGUCGUCUCCGAGACAGCCGCCUCGCAAGGAAGCGCAGUGAACCUGGCCAACGUGGCUCUUCGAUGGUUGAUUCACCACUCCAUGCUGACUGAUGGGGACGGCAUCAUCCUCGGCGUUUCCAAAGACACACAGCUUGUGGCGAACUUGGCUGCGUGGCAGGGUGGGCCCUUGCCCAGCGACCAGCUCGCAGCAUGCGAGCAGGCUUGGGAGGCUGCCCGCCCGGGCUGUGAAUCUUACUUCCGCGGCUAUGGCGCGGCACCUGGAGGCAUCGAGCAGUUCUUGGCACUUUGUGCAACAAAGACGCCUGAGGCUGAGGAGCCGCCCGAGAAGAAACACAAAGCAACGGCUUAG